CGGCGGGAACCUAAUAAGUUUUACUUACUCGAUUAUGGCUCAUAUCAGUUUGCAGUGCAGAGUCCACCAGGCGCGCGAAUAGAAUUUCAGGCGUUUCUUAAUUCUUUAGGCGGUUCAGUUUAAAACUGUGCUCUCGAUCAGCUAGUGUUCCUUGUUUGUUAGUUUGUUUUAUGGAUUAAGGCAAUUCAGUCUAAAACUGUGCUCUCGAUCAGAUGGUGUCCCAUGUUUGUUAGUUUGUUGCAUGGAUUUUUCCUGCCGUGUGCCUGCACAGUCAGAUCCAACAAUAAACUACGGAUGCUCCCGCUUAACACAGCGCAUCUUAUAGUUUUUAGCUGCGUGUGUCCUUAUUGCGGUAACUAAACUGUUUCUCGUCCCUACUAGAUUUUUUUGUGAGAUAUUUGUGGUGGGGCUGGAUGUGUUCAUAUAUACAGAUCUAAUGGCAGUGCUCUGUUCUCAAGAGGUCCCGGUAUAAGUCCUUGCUGUGACCAUCCUGUGGCCUGUGCUGUGACCAUCUUGUGGCCUGUGGGGAUAGGAUAAGUUACUGCAGGCAGCAGAUACGUUGCUUGCUGCACCUGUGGUCCUUGCUUCCCUAGUAGGAUAACUCGAUAACGAACUUUCCGUGGAUUUGCAUUAUUGUAGCAGGUAGAAAAUAGUUUUGUUUUCAACCGCAUCCGCUGAACUUGGAAGGAAUCGUAGUCGUAGAACAGACGCACAUGGACCAGAGAUCUUGUGGUCCAUUCAACAGUGUCAUGUAAGAGCCAUACUAUGCUCAUUAUCCUUACAGGAAUCAGCAGAGUAGUCCGUAUGAAGAUUUUUGUGAACCAGCAGAGUAGUCCAUAUGAAGAUUUUGUGAACCAGCAGAGUAGUCCGUAUGAAGAUUUUGAGCAACUUCUUUCCUUUUCACUGAAUACAAGUAUGUGGGACUAUUCAUGGGCAUUUUUGCUGUCCUGAUCUUCCUCUUCCUUGGUUCUGUUGAGAGCUUCAGUACCAAGAGUCAGCCAUGCCACUACAGCAAGGGCAAGACGUGCAAGCCUGCCCUUGCCAAUGCUAUCUUCAGCACCAUUGCCUUUGUGCUUGGUGCAGUCACCUCUCUUGUUUCUGGUUUCCUUGGAAUGAAGAUUGCCACAUAUGCAAAUGCCAGGACAACUCUUGAGGCUAGGAAGGGUGUUGGAAAGGCAUUCAUUACCGCUUUCCGCUCUGGUGCUGUGAUGGGCUUCCUGCUUGCUGCUAGUGGCCUUUUUGUUCUUUAUAUUGCAAUCAACUUGUUUGGAAUUUAUUAUGGUGAUGACUGGGAGGGCCUUUAUGAGGCUAUCACUGGUUAUGGUCUUGGUGGUUCUUCUAUGGCUCUUUUUGGUCGUGUUGGUGGUGGGAUUUACACUAAAGCUGCUGAUGUUGGUGCUGAUCUUGUUGGGAAAGUCGAAAGGAAUAUCCCUGAAGAUGAUCCGAGAAACCCAGCUGUCAUUGCGGACAAUGUUGGUGACAAUGUUGGAGAUAUUGCUGGUAUGGGGUCAGAUCUCUUUGGCUCUUAUGCUGAGUCUUCAUGCGCUGCGCUUGUCGUUGCCUCAAUCUCUUCAUUCGGGAUCAAUCAUGAAUUCACCCCUAUGUUGUACCCACUCCUCAUUAGCUCUGUGGGUAUCAUAGCUUGCUUGAUAACCACUCUUUUUGCAACUGAUUUCUUUGAGAUCAAGGCUGUAGAUGAAAUUGAGCCGGCUCUCAAGAAGCAGCUUAUAAUUUCCACUGCUGUGAUGACUGUUGGCAUUGCACUUGUCAGUUGGUUAGGGCUUCCAUAUACAUUCACAAUCUUCAACUUUGGUGUGCAGAAGACGGUGUAUAACUGGCAAUUAUUCCUAUGCGUGGCAGUUGGUCUGUGGGCAGGACUAGUUAUUGGAUUUGUUACGGAGUAUUACACAAGCAAUGCAUACAGUCCUGUACAGGAUGUUGCUGAUUCCUGCAGAACUGGAGCUGCUACGAAUGUCAUCUUUGGCCUUGCUCUGGGAUAUAAAUCCGUCAUUAUCCCUAUUUUUGCUAUUGCUUUUAGUAUUUUUCUCAGCUUCAGCCUUGCUGCCAUGUACGGUGUUGCUGUGGCUGCUCUUGGAAUGCUCAGCACAAUCGCUACUGGCCUUGCCAUUGAUGCCUAUGGUCCUAUCAGUGACAAUGCUGGAGGAAUUGCUGAAAUGGCUGGCAUGAGCCACAGAAUCCGUGAGAGAACUGAUGCUCUUGAUGCUGCUGGAAAUACUACUGCUGCCAUUGGGAAGGGUUUUGCAAUAGGUUCAGCAGCCUUGGUGUCUCUUGCCCUCUUUGGUGCUUUUGUCAGCCGUGCUGAGAUCUCGACUGUUGAUGUUCUGACACCCAAAGUUUUCAUUGGACUGAUUGUUGGUGCCAUGCUCCCAUACUGGUUCUCAGCGAUGACAAUGAAGAGUGUUGGAAGUGCAGCACUCAAGAUGGUUGAGGAAGUCCGCAGGCAGUUCAACACCAUCCCUGGGCUCAUGGAGGGCAUUACCAAGCCUGACUAUGCGACGUGUGUUAAGAUCUCUACUGAUGCAUCUAUCAAGGAGAUGAUCCCACCUGGUGCACUUGUCAUGCUUACACCUCUUAUUGUGGGGAUCUUCUUUGGUGUUGAAACCCUCUCUGGAGUUCUUGCUGGUGCUCUUGUUUCUGGUGUCCAGAUUGCCAUCUCUGCAUCCAACACUGGAGGUGCCUGGGACAACGCAAAGAAAUACAUUGAGGCUGGUGCAUCUGAGCAUGCAAGAACCUUGGGCCCGAAAGGUUCAGACCCACACAAGGCUGCUGUCAUCGGUGACACCAUCGGUGAUCCCCUCAAGGACACCUCAGGCCCCUCGCUGAACAUCCUCAUCAAGCUCAUGGCUGUCGAGUCCCUUGUCUUUGCUCCCUUCUUCGCCACCCAUGGAGGCAUCCUCUUCAAAUGGCUUUAGAGGAAGAAUGGAAGAUGGAUGGGUAGUUUAUUUUUGCCGGGGGAGAGCACUAGAUAUAUGUCAUAGAGAAGUUUCAGUUUACCCAUAUGGUGCACUUCAUCCUUUUUUGUUUCGCUUGUACUGUGUCGCAGUCUUGUUGAACUUGUCAGCCGUGGUAUCACCUAGUUUUUGGGUCUAGAUGCAGUAGCCGAGUGGAGCAAAAACGUCUAGCAUUCUACAGGAUUGGAAUUUGGACAUGGAUGUGUUGGGAAGUUUGAUACUGCAUGUAGAUAUUUCGAUGAUGAUGAUCAAGGAAUGCACAAGUCAGAUUUACCUGUGUUUGUGAAA